AUGGAUGAAAGCUCCUGCGUUUCGAUCGCCGCGCCAAUCGCGCAAUUCCUGCCGAUCCGCCUGAUGUUGAUGGUCCAGGUAUUUUUCAGCAUGACUGCUGCCGUUCAGUCCAUAUACACGAUCAAGAAAUACGCCAAGGCCUAUUUUCACGUCAAUUGCAAGCUUCUUGUCAUCCUCCUUUUAAGUCUAUUUAUUCUGAUGGGCAUCAGCGUUAGCAUCACUUUGACGUACCACGUUAUACUGUUAUCUCUUCCGAUCGGCUGUCAAACCUUGGUACCACCAUGGCAAUGCUUUCUGAUGCGAGGCUUUGGGAAUUUGUGCACCUUCACCUACACCCCGGUCCACUUCGCCAUCACGAUGGAGCGUUUUGCGGCCAGAUAUUUCGGGGCCAGAUACGAGGAAAUGGGCUGUGGCAUCGGGGUGAUGCUGGCAAAUGUUGCGGUAAGCAUCUACAGAAUCGUCCUCUCCAACGAGCAUUGGGACGCGAGCAACUCCGUUCCUUACUGUUCGAUUGGAAAUCAAUACACCGCCCAAAACGCGUCCAAUUGUAUGAUGGUGCUUCUUGGAAUAGAUAUAAUUGGUCUGGUUUUGAUGGGAUUUUCGUAUUGGAAAGAGCUACGUGCUGAACAACGGACGUUUGACGUGCAGCGCCGUUUUUCCUCUAUGGAACGUCGCGACGCUAAUGCUCUGCUUUUCCCAUUUUCGGCCCUUCAUACGACUAUGUAUCUUGUUUAUGAAGUGGCGUUUGUUGUCACCGCUCAACUCCUCGUCCGGGUGCUCGAUCCUUUGACGUACAAGGCUCUGUUUAUCAGCAUCAAUUUCACACCCUACUACGCCGUCGCCUCAAACCUGAUGCUCGUCCGUCUCCUCAACCGGAUGCGAGCCGUGAAACGCCGAAAAUGGGAUGACAAUUUCCGGGUGUUCAACGACCACCCGGCCAGCCAUUCGAUUUAUAUGACCGGGUGCUUCACCUACACACCGGUCCACUUUGCAAUUACGAUGGAACGGUUUGCGGCAAGAUAUUUCGGGGCGAAAUAUGAGGAGAUGGGAUGUGGCAUCGGGGCGAUGUUAGCGCAUCUGGCUAUCAUCGCCGGACUGGGGAUUUACGGCAUCGUCAUUUCCAACGAGCAUUGGGACGCGAGCAAUGCCGUUCCAUAUUGUUCGAUCGGAAAUCAAUACACCUCUCAAAACGCCUCUAGCUGCAUGAUGGCACUUCUUGGAAUCGAUAUGAUUGGCCUCGUCCUGAUGGGCUUUUCCUAUUGGCGAGAAUUCAAGGCCGAACAACGCACCUACGACGUACAGCGUCGCUUCUCCUCGAUAGAACGUCGUGAUGCUAAUGCAUUGCUCUUACCAUUCUCUGCGAUGCAUACAGCUAUGUAUCUCGUUUAUGAAGUGGCGUUUGUGUUUGCUACACAAUUCCUCAUCAAAGGAUUGGAAGGGCCGACGUAUAAAGCAGUUUUUAUCAGCAUUAAUUUCACGCCAUACUACGCGGUCGCCUCAAACCUGAUGCUCGUCCGUCUCCUCAACCGGAUGCGCGCCACCAAACGCCAAAAAUGGGCCGACAAUUUCCGGGUGUUCAACGACCACCCGACCAGUCAUCAGAUUUAUAUGUCGGGCUGG